AAGAAAGGUGCACCUCAGUGUGGAAUGAAAUAGACAAAUAGCUUUAUGGUGGCAAUAAAAGUGUUGUACAAGGGAGAGCCUCAGGCACAAACUUUGCCCCCUGAUGUGGAGCCUUAUCGGUCAACACUGCGUUACUGUCAGCAUGGAGCUAAUGGUUUAUCUAUUAAACUCGCGGGCAAGGCACUAAACAAACACUGUGCCGAGAAGGUGGCUUGCUGUGUGAAAGAUGUGACUGGGCCACCUGAGGUGAGACUUCCUCUAUUUUUCGUCGCUAUGGGACAUCGUGCAUCUCAACCAGAAGUCCGAGUCCUCCUUCUGGGUCUGGACAACGCUGGAAAAUCCACUCUGCUCUACAAACUGAAACACGACAUGAGCGUCAGCACCGUCCCCACCAUCGGCUUCAAUGUGGAAAUGAUUGACGUGAGAAGGAACGGGAAGAACAUCUCCUUAACCGUGUGGGACGUCGGCGGUCAGGGGAAGAUGCGCGAACACUGGCAGAAGUUCCACCAGGACACCGCGGCGAUCGUGUUCGUCGUGGACAGCUCCGACCGGGAUCGUCUGAAGGAGGCGCGCAAGGAGCUGGAGAACACCCUGAAGAGCAUCCAGCUGCGUGGUCGACCGUUGGUUCUGCUCGCCAACAAACAGGACGUGAACGGCGCGCUGACAGCCACCGACCUCAAGGACCGAUUCAACAUGAGAAAGAUUUGCGCAGGGCGGGACUGGUUCGUUCAGCCUUGUUCCGCAACUGUUGGAUUUGGAAUCGAGGAGGCCUUCAAACAAGUGGCGCAGAUGGUCAGACUGCCAUCAGAGCCUGGAGCAGUGAAGGACAAUAUCAAGGACACAGUGCACCACUUCAGAAAGACCAAAUAGUAAAAUUUAUUUCAAAGAAACAUAUUAACUUUCGAGCCUUUUUCCAAUAUGAUGAAUGAAUUUUCAAAAAUGUUUGUUCAACUAUUUAAAGAGAUCCAACUUUUGGAUAAAUUUAGUGAUUCUUGUGAGCACGUAUUGUCUCAGCUGAAGCUAUAUUAGUGAUGGAUAAAGAUGCAAGUGUGCUUCAAAACCAUUGCUUCCUGUGUGGUAACUUUACUGGUUUGAAUAAUCGUACCUUCUUUUCGUUAUAAAACUGAAUUGUGUCACAUGACAAAUAUGACUCCAGGGUUCAUAGAUGAAUCCCACAGUAUCAGAGAGAUGAGCAAUAAAACGGCAGCGAUCUUUGGUUGUAAAGAAGUUAUAAAUGUUGAUACUCUUUUAAUACAUGCUCAUUUACUUGUACUUGAUUUGCAUAUUAAAAUACAUGACGUCUACAUGUAUAGGGUUUGAUAAUAAAUUGGUGUCUUUUAUUAUUAUAUUUUUAA